GCGGAGUGGCGUGGAGAAAAAUGCUGCCAGGUGAAAUCACGGGAAUUCGGGAUUUACUUUCAAGAUUGGAAGAUGAUGUCGUGUAUUCCUUAGCCGACACUGCUACGAAAAAAGCACUAGCUUUCACUUCAGUCAAUGAUGCCAUAGACGCAAUACUUUUGCAUUCUGAAUCUGCCAGUUGGCUUCUGAAUCGAAAAAAAAUGACCAGGGCCAUCCUGUUUGAAUAUUUAAAUUCAAGGAGAGUUCCCAUCAGCGGACAAGCUGAGAAAUCUACUAUUGUCUCAAGAAUUUUAGAGCUAUGGGCCACAGGAAAAUCUGAAGAAAGUUCAGUUGGUGUAACAUCAACAACUUCUCUGGAAAACAUUCAAGAUUCUCUACCAACAGCACCAGAAAUGGGUCUGAAAUUUACCCAGUGGUUUUACGAAAUACUUUUAGCAGUUCACAAGCAAUCACCCACAGUAUCAAAGCUUUCUGAACAGUUCUGGAAGGAUGUAAGACUUAAAAUCACCUUCAAUUCCCCUGAUGUAACCAACAACCAGGAAGCUGUAGGCUCAGACGAGGCUUCACAUUUACUACAAAUACUGUUGUGUCACCAUGGGUUUCUUCUUAACCCAAACCUUAGUCCAAACGGGGUUAAAGAAAGAAAAGAUCCACAUGGAAUGGUUAUAAUUGGUGUUUGUGGAACAGCACACCAAUAUGAAAAUUGCAGUGGGAUUUUUGAACAAGUUUUUGGGCUUUUGCAAGAUCCUCAAGUCGACUUCCAUUGGCGAAUAAAAUGGUCAGAACUGAGGAUUACCCAAGCUGCUGUUAAUCGUUUGCCGUGUGUCAGCGAUUUGCCUGAACUACAAGCCAUUUGCGAUGAUUCCAUGAGAUGAUAAAAGCAUUUUGUUUGCCCUGUAUAUUCCAUUAAAUGAAAGCUUUGCCUCUUACCUCUGUACAACUAAAUCGAAAGCCGUUCUCUCCCAUAUGAUUAAUAGUAAUGUGUUCUCCUAAAAA